CGUAUUACUUUUCUUAGUACGCCGCCGGUCUCCCUCUGUUCCCCUCUCUCAAGACUUCAGCAUCUCGCCGCCGGUUGCAAGCUCCCGACUUUGGCUUCUUCAACAAUCUCCGGUCAACAACUCUCUCUCUAGUGUUGUUGCGAUCUGUGAGAAUCGGCUGUUUGAGUAAUCGUUGACUACUAUUUUUGUAAGUAGAAUUUUCCUACUGCUUAGCAAUUGAAAUGGCGACACUUUGUAGAUGGAUACGCUCAAACAUCCCGGCGCCCCGGAGUUCAAGCCGACGGUGACUAUAACAGGAACCGCCUCUGAAGGCAGAGCAGGCCCGCAACUGGGUUCCGUCGACAUAGGAGUCAGCCACGAAGCUUACCUCUUCCGGGUAACACUUCCUGGCGUCCGCAAAAAUCACGGGGAUGUGAAAUGCAGGAUCCAGCGAGAUGGAUCUGUGCAAAUACAAGGGGUACGGCCGCCCACUUCAGAUUUUCUGGGUAGCUUCCCUGGAGAAUUCAUGCUCAAGGUUGAAGAACUCUGCCCCAGCGGGACCGUUCGGAUUGGGUUUAAGUUGCCUGGACCGGUUGAACCAAGGCUCUUUGUUCCUACUUACCGGGACGGGAUACUCGAAGGUGUGGUGAUGAAAUGCAGGAUGCCAAGUGCUGCUUCUCCUCUAGAUGGCUCAUCAAAACCAAGUGCUGCUUCUCCUCUAGCUGGUUCAUCGCAACCCGAUUUCAAGCUUUGAGGAUAUGGCCAAGACCUCGAUGGAUCUCGCGACAUUUGUUCUGACCAACAAGCAUCCAACCCAUUAAGUUAAAGGGUAAUGCAUAUGAUAUGGUAUGAUAUGAACAAUGUACCCUACUUCCCUUGAUGUCUUUGACUAAUUACUCCAUUCUAUUCUUACAAAUUAGCCGGUGACUAGUUGUGACAAGAAUGCAGUGUGUUCAUUUUCAGGAUGAGAUAUUGGUUAACCUGUUUAAACAUUCCUUUAGCCUUUGUGGAUCAUAAGGCCUCUCGAUAGCCCUGAGUUUGUAUUUAUAUUUGCAAAUUAGGAUAUGAGAAACCAGGCAAUGCUGAUGCAGCUGACUGUGUGGUGAAUGCUUGAUUAGCUGAUAUCGCUGAAACUCGCACUGUGAUUCAUUUCCAAUCAUAUCAUAUGAUAGCACACAGCACAGGCCCUUUGAUGAGAUGCUGUGGAAAGUCUGCUAAUGUCGAUAUUCUAUUGAUGAGGUAGCUUUCUAGAAUGUGAGGUGUGUGUUGGACUGAAGGAGGACUGUGCGAGAUAUGGGCGGUCCAAGGUUUGUAAUUUCGUUCCAGUUAUGAACUGCAGGUUGGAAGGAAAUGGAGGAAGGUUUGAAAAGUCUUUAGAAAGGAAGAUGACAUUUCUCAGUAAGCUUGCUGAGAUUUGAGGGGUUGGAUUGCGAGCGAGGAGGGUCAUCUCAUCCCUGACCCGCCAUUGUCCGCAAAACAUAAAUGGCGGUGACCGGAGGAGCUUUGGUUUUCCUUGGUUGAUAUUCGUUUUUAUCUGCUAGAGGGGAAUCUAAUUUUUCCAUGAAACCAAGGGAUUUCUUUUCAUUGUCCCCCUCCCCGGCUUGUCUGAUCCAAAUUCCAAUGGGUCCCUGCGUCGGCGGCGCCAUCCUUUGGUAAAUUUAAGCCUACAGCUUUACCAUCUCCACCAUCCUUUGGUAAUUUUAUACUCUAUUUUCGGGUUGCAAAGAGAUACAUAUUCUUCUGCAAUUAUAUGGAUGGCCACAUCUGUCUUCUACCAUAAGAUCAUCCAUAUAUGAUAUAUCUGUAUUUGAUCAAUAGCAUAUCCUACCUGGAAUUCAAUAUGCAAUUGUAAAGGAUUGCACCAACCAAUGUAGUAGGCGCUUACAAUAUAUAGGAAAAUAAGAAUAAUAAAUUUUUUUUUCUCUUCAUUUAUAUGUUUCUUUAUUAUAAAAUCACUUGGAUACACCACAUUGCAAGUGAAUUGAUUUGAUGUAUACAUAAUGAAAUUUAGAUGAGUUA